CUCCCAUUCAGCGCAGUAGACUCUGUUUCCCGGCAUGCCGUGCGGUGGUUCUCCCAGUCAGCGCAGUAGACUCUGUUUCCCGGCAUGCCGUUCGCGGAGUGGAUGCGAUAGUGGCUGGGCUGGGAGUUAGGUACAGUCAGCAUCCCGCAGUGUGACACACAGGAAGCGGCUGUUACCGGCUGCACACAGACCGUCACACGGACAGCUCCAUGGCCGGGGAGAUGACUAUACUGGGUGAGUGGCUGUGGCCGAAACGUAGGUCACCUCUCUGAUAGAACUACAUCUCCCAUGAUGCAUCCUGGGGACUAACUUACUGACAGCUGGACCACCUUUAUCCUAUAAUCCAUCCCCAAUCUAAUAUAUAUCCUAUAAUCCAUCCCCUAUCUAAUAUAUAUCCUAUAAUCCAUCCCCAAUCUAAUAUAUAUCCUAUAAUCCAUCCCCAAUCUAAUAUAUAUCCUAUAAUCCUUCCCCAAUCUAAUAUAUAUAUAUCAUAUAAUCCAUCCCCUAUCUAAUAUAGAUCAUAUAAUCCAUCCCCUAUCUAAUAUAGAUCCUAUAAUCCAUCCCCUAUCUAAUAUAGAUCCUAUAAUCCAUCCCCUAUCUAAUAUAGAUCCUAUAAUCCAUCCCCUAUCUAAUAUAUAUCCUAUAAUCCAUCCCCUAUCUAAUAUAUAUCCUAUAAUCCAUCCCCAAUCUAAUAUAUAUCCUAUAAUCCAUCCCCAAUCUAAUAUAUAUCCUAUAAUCCAUCCCCAAUCUAAUAUAUAUCCUAUAAUCCAUCCCCAAUCUAAUAUAUAUCCUAUAAUCCAUCCCCUAUCUAAUAUAUAUCCUAUAAUCCAUCCCCAAUCUAAUAUAUAUCCUAUAAUCCAUCCCCAAUCUAAUAUAUAUCCUAUAAUCCAUCCCCAAUCUAAUAUAUAUCCUAUAAUCCUUCCCCAAUCUAAUAUAUAUAUAUCAUAUAAUCCAUCCCCUAUCUAAUAUAGAUCCUAUAAUCCAUCCCCUAUCUAAUAAAUAUAUAUAUAUCCUAUAAUCCAUCCCCUAUCUAAUAUAUAUCCUAUAAUCCAUCCCCUAUCUAAUAUAUAUCCUAUAAUCCAUCCCCUAUCUAAUAUAUAUCAUAUAAUCCAUCUCCUAUCUAAUAUAUAUCCUAUAAUCCAUCUCCUAUCUAAUAUAUAUCCUAUAAUCCAUCUCCUAUCUAAUAUAUAUCCUAUAAUCCAUCCCCUAUCUAAUACAUAUCCUAUAAUCCAUCCCCUAUCUAAUAUAUAUCCUAUAAUCCAUCCCCUAAUAUAUAUCAUAUAAUCCACCCCCCAUCUCAUAUAUAUCAUAUAAUCCAUCCCCUAUCUAAUAUAGAUCCUAUAAUCCAUCCCCUAUCUAAUAAAUAUAUAUAUAUCCUAUAAUCCAUCCCCUAUCUAAUACAUAUCCUAUAAUCCAUCCCCUAUCUAAUACAUAUCAUAUAAUCCAUCCCCUAUCUAAUAUAUAUCCUAUAAUCCAUCCCCAAUCUAAUAUAUAUCCUAUAAUCCAUCCCCAAUCUAAUAUAUAUCCUAUAAUCCAUCCCCAAUCUAAUAUAUAUCCUAUAAUCCUUCCCCAAUCUAAUAUAUAUAUAUCAUAUAAUCCAUCCCCUAUCUAAUAUAGAUCCUAUAAUCCAUCCCCUAUCUAAUAAAUAUAUAUAUAUCCUAUAAUCCAUCCCCUAUCUAAUAUAUAUCCUAUAAUCCAUCCCCUAUCUAAUAUAUAUCCUAUAAUCCACCCCCUAUCUAAUAUAUAUCCUAUAAUCCAUCCCCUAUCUAAUAUAUAUCCUAUAAUCCAUCCCCUAUCUAAUAUAUAUCCUAUAAUCCAUCCCCUAUCUAAUAUAUAUCCUAUAAUCCAUCCCCUAUCUAAUAUAUCCUAUAAUCCAUCCGCUAUCUAAUACAUAUCCUAUAAUCCAUCCCCUAUCUAAUACAUAUCCUAUAAUCCAUCUCCUAUCUAAUACAUAUCCUAUAAUCCAUCCCCUAUCUAAUAUAUAUCCUAUAAUCCAUCCCCUAUCUAAUAUAUAUCCUAUAAUCCAUCCCCUAUCUAAUAUAUAUCCUAUAAUCCAUCCCCUAUCUAAUACAUAUCCUAUAAUCCAUCCCCAUAUCUAAUACAUAUCCUAUAAUCCAUCUCCAUAUCUAAUAUAUAUCCUAUAAUCCAUCCCCUAUCUAAUAUAUAUCCUAUAAUCCAUCCCCUAUCUAAUAUAUAUCCUAUAAUCCAUCCCCUAUCUAAUAUAUAUCCUAUAAUCCAUCCCCUAUCUAAUAUAUAUCCUAUAAUCCAUCCCCUAUCUAAUAUAUAUCCUAUAAUCCAUCCCCUAUCUAAUACAUAUCCUAUAAUCCAUCCCUAUCUAAUACAUAUCCUAUAAUCCAUCCCAUAUCUAAUAUAUAUCCUAUAAUCCAUCCCCAUAUCUAAUAUAUAUCCUAUAAUCCAUCCCCUAUCUAAUACAUAUCCUAUAAUCCAUCUCCAUAUCUAUACAUAUCCAUCCCCUAUCUAAUAAUAUCCAUAUCCUAUCUAAUAUAUAUCCUAUAAUCCAUCCCCUAUCUAAUAUAUAUCCUAUAAUCCAUCCCCUAUCUAAUAUAUAUCCUAUAAUCCAUCCCCUAUCUAAUAUAUAUCCUAUAAUCCAUCCCCUAUCUAAUAUAUAUCCUAUAAUCCAUCCCCAUAUCUAAUAUAUAUCCUAUAAUCCAUCCCCAUAUCUAAUAUAUAUCCUAUAAUCCAUCCCCUAUCUAAUACAUAUCCUAUAAUCCAUCCCCUAUCUAAUAUAUAUCCUAUAAUCCAUCCCCUAUCUAAUACAUAUCCUAUAAUCCAUCCCCUAUCUAAUACAUAUCCUAUAAUCCAUCCCCUAUCUAAUAUAUAUCCUAUAAUCCACCCCCUAUCUAAUAUAGAUCCUAUAAUCCAUCCCCUAUCUAAUAUAGAUCCUAUAAUCCAUCCCCUAUCUAAUACAUAUCCUAUAAUCCAUCCCCUAUCUAAUAUAUAUCCUAUAAUCCAUCCCCUAUCUAAUACAUAUCCUAUAAUCCAUCCCCUAUCUAAUAUAUAUCCUAUAAUCCACCCCCUAUCUAAUAUAGAUCCUAUAAUCCACCCCCUAUCUAAUAUAGAUCCUAUAAUCCACCCCCUAUUUAAUCUAUAUCAUAUAAUCCAUCCCAAUCUAAUAUAUAUAUCAUAUAAUCCAUCCCCAAUAAUAAUCCAUCCCAAUCUAAUAUAUAUCAUAUAUCCCGUGUCCAGUUUAUAUUGCAUAAUCCAUUAUUAGGAUUCCUCAUAAAAGGGUUUGUGGCCUUUUUAAAAGCAGCCAUAUAAGCACAGUUGAAGAGACACUGUGACUGCUUCAUCUCAUUGAAGUGCUUAUAGUGUUUGGCGUUCCCUGGUGCCAUGCUUCUAUUCAGUGUUAAACCAUUUUUAAUUAUUAAAGGGACACUGUAAGCCAAUGUAAUUAUUUCAUCUUGUUGAAGUUAUUGUUUCUAGCGUGCCCUGGUGCGUUCUUACAAUUCAGCGUCCCCAGCAGCAGAGAUUUAAACAUAUGUCAGUUUGUUCUGCAUUGACUUCUAAGUAAAAAUUACAUUUUAACUCAGAACCACUGUCUCCAAAAUUAUGUACAGAUUUCCUAAAUAUUUAGAUUAUAAUAGCCUAUUAUCCAGGUGAAAUUAUUGUUGUCUACUGUUUCCAAAUUAUAAGUACGUAUUGUUGUGCUGUUGCGUCACAGACCAGCUGCUUCUGCAAAGUAGGAAAUGAUGCACACCAGUGUUUGCUCUGUGAAUUGAACUGUACUGGUAUAGUGCAAACAUAUAAUUUUUUUUGUUGUACUGUUCUGGGAGAUUGGGUUCUCCACCUGAAUAGUGAAAAAAGAAAUCAUAUCUAAUUCCCAUCAGCCAAUUUGUAAUAUUGUUGCUUUCAUGCAUUUAAUAUGAAGAAAACGCACUUAUAAAACUGGUUUUAUGUGUGAACUCAGCGUGCAGUUAUUUUCCGUGCCUAUGAUUUAAAAAAAAAAAAAAAAAAAGUUUGUCAAACUUGCUAGACUUGUUUUAUGCACAACCUGUUAGAAGAGAAUUCAAAUUUAAAAACCCCAAAUAACCUCUCUCUGCCUAUCUAACUUGGAACUGGUGUCAGCAGUCUGGCAAGGCACUGUUUUAAAUGCAAAAUGGUGGAGUAUUGGUUAGUUGCACAUUGUACCUUUUUCUAUACAAGGUGUGGUUUUAUUAUACAUUUGACUUUAAUGAUCUUCCAGUGCUAAAUAAAACAUUCAUUCCCAUGCCACAUAUGUACAUUAUCAUGUAGCCAUUUCUUGUUCUUUAUUUCAGUGAUGUGUUUGAUUGAUUGCCUUAUUAAUAAAUAUAUAUAUAUAUAUAUAUAUAUAUAUAUAAUUAAAAAAUUUUUUUUUUUUUCCUAACCAACUUAGGUUCUGCUAUCCUAGCACUCCUAUUAGCUGGAUAUUUGGCACAACAGUAUUUGCCAAUGCCAACACCAAAAGUAAUUGGUAUCGAUCUUGGAACCACGUAUUGCUCAGUUGGCGUGUUUCACGCUGGCACGGGCGAAGUAAAAGUUAUCAGUGACGAAGAUGGCCAUCAGAGUAUCCCUAGCAUUGUCUCAUUUACUAAAAAGGAUGUCUUUGUUGGAUAUGAUGGUCUUGAACUUGCUGAUUCUAAUCCUCAAAACACGAUAUAUGAUGCUAAAAGAUACAUUGGAAAAAUCUUUAAUACUGAAGAAUUAGAAAAGGAAAGUUCCAGGUAUCCGUUCAAGGUUAGUGACAUUUAAUAUUCUUCUGAAAUUCUUAUUAUGAGUCACUCCCUGUCCCGGCUUGCUACCAGUGCUAAAUUAAUGGUAUCUAACGAGCCCCAUACAUUCCCGUAGAGUUUUUUUGUAUGUGAGUUUAUUAAUAAACCUUCAAAUUAUAGUAACUUGAAAUUAUCCUAGCAAAAGGUAUAGCUUGGUUAUUUUAGCGUAAUUUUGCAACUAAAUAUAGUUGUGUGCAGUAUGGUGUUAAAUGAUUAAAUUACCCAAAUGUGUUCAAAGGAGGAAUGCUAUAAUUGUGUUAAACAGUAUGGCCAUAUUAUGCUUAGUGUGAACCCACGCCUUACAGGCAGAAAAUGGACUGACACACACACUCGCGCUCACUCUCUGGACUGUCAAACCAAGAUGUACUUCUUUGUACAAACAUUUAUUCAUUUUAUGAAAGCGCCAUAAACUUUAAUUAGUGUUUUUAAUUUUGCUGUCACCUUCACAAGGUAUUGCCUUUUCUAUAUACAUAACUGAAAAUGGUUUCCUUACAUCUAAAAUAGUCUUACGGAAUGAACUGCUUUGAAUGCAGCCACCAAAGAAUUUGAGUGACAUUUCACAAUUCUUGACCCUCCAUGUAUGUAACCAACAGCAUGGCAAUGAAGCAAAAAACAAACAAAAAACUAAACAUGUAUGCUCUGGCAUUCUGACUCUUUAGAAAGCACUGGGUUCUAGUUAGUUGCUUGUAAAUAGCUGACUUGCUGUACUUAAAUAACACAUGCUUUUUAUCUCAAACCUGCUUUAAGUGAGGUUGAGUUUGUUGCAGAUGUUUAGCUUGCAAUCAUAUUGGUCAACUAGGCCAAUUGGUCAAAUGAGGUCUGUACCGCCUCCUGUUUUAUGCAUUAAACAAAUGGGGGAAAAUAGAGUGUGUGUUACAUUUGUUUAUCACUCUAAUUCUAGGUUCUACAUAAUAAUGGAGAUGUAGUAUACUCUAUCACAACCAAUGAAACCUUUACAGUAACACCAGAGUACAUUGGAUCCCAGCUCCUUUUAAAGCUAAAGAAUAUUGCAGAAACCUACCUUGGCAUUCCUGUUUCUAAGGCUGUCAUUUCUGUGCCAGCAGAGUUUGAUGAAAGGCAAAGGAACUAUACAGUGAAAGCUGCCAAUCUAGCAGGUAAGUGUCAUAAUACAACUUCCUACGGUUACUUAUUUAAAUGUGCGGUAUAGAAACAUAACAUUUUCUGUUUAAAUGAAAGAUAAUUAUUGUUCACGGCUGCAUGCGUUGCCAGCAAAAUGGUUUAUUUCGUCUCAAAACGGCUAGCCAUUGGCUGGCAACGCCCUAUUCACUUUAGUUGUGACUCGGAAUGUUUGUCUAAAUUCAGUAACAACCACAAAGUAUUUUAAAGGGAAAUUAUAGGUUAACAAUACAAAAUUGUAUUCCUUGCACUAUAGUACCAUAAAGUGCCCCUUUCGGCCUUGCUGCUGGGCCAGGCUCCGUCUCCGCUCCUCCUCCCCUAACAUCGCCGUCAUCAGGGACCUAAUGCGAGCGCGUCCAUCACCGCAAUCACAUUAGGACAACCCCAUAGGAAAGCAUUACAUCAAUGCUUUUCUAUUUGGUUUUAGUUGAUGCUGGAUGUCCUCAUGCAUAGCGUGAGUUCGUCCAGUGUCUGUUAGGUGACCAAAAGUCGCAUAAAGACCUGGAAGCGUUUCUAGAGGUGGAGUUAACCUUGCAAGGUAAUUGUUGCAGUUUCUUAAUUACAAUUGCAUGGUUAAACUGACGGGGGCACUGCACUCAGACCACUACAAUGAGCUGAAGUGGUCUUGGUGCCUAUAGUGUCCCUUUAACUAUAUUUUUUUUUUUUUUACUACCUUGCCUCUAGUGAAACGUAGAACAGACUCAGUAAACAAGGAAAUAAAUCCAGGGUUUGGCUCAGAUCCUCCCUUUCUCAAGUUUUAAAGCAUUCCUAAGCAAAGCUACACUUAGAAUUCAGUGUUCACUUUUAAUACUGGGGCUAAAGCCACAUCAGAGCAGAUAUUACACAGGUCUGAUUAGGCUAAGAGGGGAAAAAAUAAUAUGGAUAAAAUUCUCCCAGAGGGAUGUAAAUAUUCUGUAUAAGGAUCACAAAGUAAGCAGAAAAAUAAAAAAAAAAUUGAGCAGAGGAGAUGGUAGUAGAAACCUACAUACACACAAAUAUAUGUAUAUAUAUAAUGGUGAUUAUUUUUUUUUUUCACUUGCAAUUUGAGCAAGGUGUUGGAUAAUUUCAUCUGUUAAUUUACAUCAACAAUACUGAACUAACAAAGCUAAAAUGUCUUCAUAUAUAGUGUGGAAAUUAUGUGUCCUGUAUUUAUUAAUGGUCACUCUUAUUUUCAAGUUAAAAAUAAAUAUAAUUUGGAGGCAGGGUAUUACUCAUUACAAACACUGCUGUUACUCCAGUCUCACACCAAUCCAUUUUGAUUUUUCUGUACUCUCCCUUUUUAAAUCUACAGGUCUGGAUAUCUUACGAGUUAUAAAUGAACCAACUGCAGCCGCAAUGGCUUAUGGGCUCCAUAAAGCUGAUGUCUUUAAUGUUCUAGUGGUGGAUUUGGGAGGAGGUACACUGGACGUCUCUCUGUUAAAUAAACAAGGAGGGAUGUUUUUAACACGAGCCAUGGCAGGUAAGCAAAAAGUAACCUAAAUCUGUUUUAAGUUCAAUAUAUACUACAGUCCUAUUCAUUAUUGGCACAUAGUGUCCCCAGAACAUCUUGGCACUGUCGAAAUUACUUUGUAUGUUAAUAAUUGUUUUAUAUCCCUAGUGUAUUACCAUAAAGAGCUAUGCAAUAUGUUGGCAUUAUCAACUGAUAAUAAUAAUGAGAAGCAUUGUUUUACAUACUAAACGAUAGUAUGUGCAACUUCCUUGUUGCUGGCAUAGUCGAGACUGGUCUCUGCAACCCUGUGAACCUUCUAGUGGGACGUGCGUUUGAAAUCUGUGCAAUUGUGACAUAGAACUCUAAAUUGCUUCCUUUUUAUAGGUUCAAGAAUAGUAGUGUGUGUGUGUGUGUGUGUGUGUGUGUGUAUAUAUUGGAAAAUCCAGCGCACUCCCUUAUCUACUAAACAGCUACUUUGGUGGUGACCGAAUUUGCUAGUUUUAUUAAAAACACCUAAUCUAGGCAAAUAAUAAUGGGGGUUUAGUUACAUUAUAUGAUCAUACAUCGCAUAAGCCUCCACAACAUCAGUGUCCUACUCUAACAGCCAAAUAUGUGCUAAAUGAGUUACUUACUUGGGGAAAUACUUCCAUCUCGAGUUCUCUGUUCAGGUGAGUGCAGCCAGCUCCUGGGUUUUGCACCCCUCCCUGUCACAGGUGCCUCAUCCCAGGACCCUAUUUAGCCUUGUACCGCAGAGAACUCAAGAUGGAAGUAUUUCCCCAAGUAAGUAAUUCAUUUAGAAGAUAUUUGGCUGCUAAAGUAGGAUCGGCCAAAGAUGGGGUACAUUGAUGUUGUGGCAGGCUUAUGCAAUGUAUGAUCAUACAAUUUAACUAAACCCCCAUUAUAAUUUGCCUAGGUGUUUUUAAUAAACUAUUAAAUUCGGUCAGCACCAAAGUAGCUGUUUAGUAGAUAAGGGAGUGUGCUGGAUUUAAAUUUUUAGUGUACUUACUGGCCCCCAACAGCACCCCAUUUAAGCAUGUUCAGGUGAGUGCAACCAACCCCUUGUUUUCUCACGUGUAUAUAUAAAGCCGAAACACAUUCUGCAAUUUUAACAUGAGUUCAGCACAAUUUGUGAUCCAUGAAUUCUUUUCAUUUGUCAUAUAGGUAACAAUAAGCUUGGAGGACAGGAUUUCAAUCAGAGACUCUUAGAAUAUAUUUAUGAUAAUAUUUAUUCAACAUAUGGGUCAUUGCCAUCCAAGAAAGAAGAAAUCCACCGACUAAGACAGUCUGUGGAAGCCAUAAAAUUGAACUUGACAAUACAUAAGUCAUCAUGGAUUAGAUUGCCUUUAACGUUGGCCCGAUCAGAUUCUUUAAUGGGAAAACCAGAGGAAAACCUUGUGGACAAGUCCACAGAAGAACGAAUGUUAAAUCCCAAUGAACCCUAUUUUCAAGAAGAAUCUCAACAUAAGAAGACCAGCCUAGACCAAAAAGUAAACUUUGAAAUAGAAAUUUCUCGCAAACUUUUUGAGACUUUGAAUGAAGACCUUUUCAAAAAGAUUUUGGUUCCGGUAGAACGUGUGUUAAGAGAAGGACAUGUCGAAAAAGAGGAAGUUGAUGAAAUUGUGCUAGUUGGUGGUUCUACUCGUAUUCCACGCAUACGCCAAGUAAUUAGGGACUUUUUUGGUAAGGAACCGAACACCUCAGUAGACCCAGAUUUAGCAGUGGUGACUGGAGUUGCAAUUCAGGCAGGAAUUAUGGGUGGUUCCUGGCCACUGCAAGUCAGUGCUAUAGAAAUUCCUAAUAGACAUUUACGGAAAACGAACUUCAACUGAAUGCUUUUCAGUUCCUGUUUUUUUUUGUUUUUUUUUCAGAAAUAUAUUAAAUGGGAUGUAUACGUAAACAGCCUUUUUUAUUUUAUUUUAUUUUAUUGUUUAUUUCUAUUGUAAAUUUGGUUUGGGGAAAAUUUUAUUUAUUUAAAAAAAAAAAAAGGUUUAAACAAUAGAAUGUAGAGUUACUUAGAAAUGUAUUUGGAUGCAGUACGUAUUCCAUAUUAUGUGCAGUUUUAAUUUGUCCUUGGUAUAAGAUAUACCAAUUCAUUACUUGAGGUACUGAAAUACAGUUAUACAUUCAUAGAAUUGGUCUUUUGUAUGUUUUUUUUUUUUUUUUUAAAACCAUAUAAAAGCAAUUGUUCAUACCAACAACCAAAUUUUACAGCCGCCUAAACUAGCUUUGCGGUGUAACAAAAGGAAAACACUGAGUUCACAUAUUUGUGACAGCUCAUAUUUUUUUAUUAUUGUGCAAUAACAUGGGCAUUUGUUUUGGUUCCGAAAAAAAAUCUGUGUUAGGGGUAAAGUUUAUAUAGCCUUAUAUUUUUUUUUUAUUAUUAUUUUUUUUUAUAAUGCAGUUAUGCACUUUUUAGGAUUUAUAGAGAUGUCUCUUAUUCUAAGCAGUGUUGGAGUAAUGUUAAAUCUUUUUGUAUUUGUACAUGCGUGUAUGGGAAAGGUACAUGGCAGUAUUAAUGUUGGAAUUUAUAUUCUGUUUACACAUUCAAACUCUUACUCACAUUGAGUAGAACUGCUCUAGAAAUAUAUUGCUGAGUUUCUACCUUGCAAAAUGUUUUUACAAUAGUCAGGAAUGUGAAAAUGUAAGGUUCUCAUAAAAUCAGGUCUUCAAAAUAAAGUGAUUUAACUUUCUGAUUACUUGUGUGUCUAUAUAAUUUAAAGAAAUGUGUAACUUUGUCUUGAAUAAUGUCAUGGCAUACACUGCAUCCAGAGGUGUAAAUAGAAACCACCGGGCCCCUGUGUGAAAAUUGUCCUGCA